CACCCUCACGAAGUAUAAAGGAGGGUCGCACAGGGCGAAGGGCCAGCAGACUCACAGCACACAGCUAACAGACAUGCCGGCCAUCACUUCGGGAAAGGUCCUCGUCACAGGUGCGAACGGCUACAUCGCCGUCUGGAUCGUCAAGUCCCUUCUCGAAGCCGGGUUCGCCGUGCGUGGCACCGUGCGUUCGGAGAGCAAGGCGGCCUACCUGCGCUCGUACUUCCAGUCGUCAGGGGACAAAUUCGAGGCGGUCAUCGUCCCGGACAUCACCAAGGACGACGCGUUCGCGGAGCACGUCACCGAUGUCGACGCGAUCGCGCACACCGCUUCGCCCUUCCACAUGAAUGCUGUCGAGCCCGAUGAGAUCAUCAACCCCGCCGUCGCGGGCACCCUCUCCGUCCUCAAGGCCGCGGAGGCGCACGGCGCGCGCGUCAAACGCGUUGUCGUCCUCUCCUCUACCGCCGCGGUCACCCGCGUGGUCUCGGAGCCCACCCUUCUCGACGAGUCCUCUUGGAACGAGGAUGCGAUCGCGGCGGUCAAGGAGAAGGGGCGCGAUGCGAGCGCGGCACAGAAGUAUCAGGCGAGCAAGACGCUUGCGGAGCGCGGGGCGUGGCAGUGGUACGCGGAGCGCAAGGACAAGCUCCAGUGGGACUUGACGGCGCUGAACCCGCCGUUCGUGUUCGGGCCGAACAUCCACGAUGUCGACAAGCCGGAGAACCUGGGUGAGUCGGCGCGCCUGUGGUACAAGAGCGUCGUCGAGGGCGGGCUGAGCGACGACGCGCUCGCAAACACCGGUGCAAACUACGUCGACGUGCGAGAUAUUUCGCAGGCGCACACGCUGGCAAUUCAGACGCCUGCGGCAGGCGGCGAACGCUUCAUCAUCUCUGCGGGUCCCUACAAAUGGCAAGACUUCGUGUCUGCUGCUCAUCGUUGGUCGGACAAGCUGCCUGCCGGUAACACAUCAUACGACCCCUCGAAAGCGGUGCAUGUGCUUCGGUACGAUAACCGUAAAGGCAUUGCGACGCUCGACGUACGGUACCGUAGCAUCGAGGAGGUUACUCGGGACUCGCUUGAGGACUUCAAGGCACGUGGCUGGCUGUAAGCCGGUUGGGUGCAAGCUGGUCGGGUGCUCUGUCUUAUGUAUGAAUACUCCGCUCACGAGUGUGGCAGCAAGAGAAUCGCUAAUGGAUUGUACAACACCUAUAUCUCCUGUUCGUCCAACAGAAUCGCUGAUAAUACAGGGCGCAUAUCGGAAAAUUGCCUUCAGCUCACUGCAAAAUGCUGGUGAGGAAUCCUUGUAGCGAACGCGUACUUUACAUUCUAUGUCUCAAAGCAAUGUAUACAAGCCAGUAUCGGGCGAUGGGCCCGGGGCGAGCGCAGCAUUAUUGCUCACUUGGAGUCUAUAGUAGGAACGAUCGUCCCGAUCUCCACUAGCGACGACCUAAUCCCUUUUAGGAUCUAGGAAAAACCACAUCACGAGUAUCAUCGCACCUCCGUACAGAGGGAUGGGUACGAAGGCUGACAGAUUCAGCCGUCUGCACCAAGACUUUCGGCCGAAGCCUCCGGGUGAGGGACACCGGUAAAUCCAACCAAAUAUGGGAACGAUAGCGCCCCUCGAUCUGCAAGUCGGAUUCUGUGGCGCCGGCGGCCCAGUGUCGUCGACGAAUCGAUGACGUGUGAGC